AUGGCAACGCAAGCAGCUCCGCGAAAGGCGAAGAUUACAGUCUACAUCGCACAAACCCUAGAUGGAUUCAUCGCCGAUUCCAAUGGUAAGGUCACUUUCUUAGAGUCAUACGAGGACACCACGGGAGAAGAAAAACCCGAUGACUGUGGUUAUGCUGAGUUCUAUGAGACUGUUGGGGCACUGAUCAUGGGUCGAACGAGUUAUGAGUUAGUUCGAGGCUUUGCUGACUGGCCUUAUAAAGGCAAGAUGUCUUAUGUCCUCUCGACGUCGGUCAUUGAUGACAUGCUCCCUGAUACAAAGUGCUUUCAGAUCAAAGGUCAACCUUCAGUUGACGAACAACUUCGCAAUCUCAUCGCUGAGAUAGAAAAAGAUCUGAAGGAGGGCCAGUGCAUAUGGGUGAUGGGGGGCGGUGUCACAAUCGACGCGUUUCUAAAGGCCAACCUAGUCGAUGAGCUCGAUAUAUUUGUGCUGCCGAUGAUGUUGGGGAGUGGUGUACCGCUGUUUCCAGUUCGCGGCGGAGGGGCGAGUAUCCAGUCUAAGUUAACCUUGACCAGAUUGGAAAAGCGGGCCAAGGGGAUUGCAAGAUUAACGUACGAUACCAAGGCCAAGUGA